CCAAGUAAAUGUACUGGCAGGCCUCACCACCCAUUACAAGGCUGUCUGCUACUCCGUAACUGGGCACUCGAUAGGCAUUCGACAAGCACUUUGUGCCAACUAGACUAUGGCUUCGCCUAAUCAAACGCCCAGGGGCUAUGAAUCGCGCCAUGUUUCUAGAAUUAUUGUCGAACCAACACCCGAGAACCAGAGGAUCUAUAAUGAUAUUCGGCAGACGCUUGAACGUUUACGCCUGCAAACCCAUGUUGCCUCGCAGCAGAACUUGCUACCUCCCCAAGCAGCUCCGUCUAUCAGUAGUACUAUUCAUUCGCCAACAGACGAGCCUGGCACGCCUUCCACCCAAGAUGUAACAACGCAGGAUACAGAUCGAUCUAGACGUCAGCGAGGUAGAAGGAGAGGACCGCUAGAUUCACGUACUAGGUUGAAUACUGCACUCAAACGGAAGCUGAGGCUUGCUUGCCCGUACCAUCGGGCUAAGAAAACAACGUGCGAUUGCCAUGAUUUCUGUCGUCUAGAAGAAGGUUAUCAAAAAACCCUAGUCUCUGGUCAUGGCAGGCCGCAUAGCCGAAACGAGUUUAUGUCGCUCACUCCGAUAGAACGAACUUGGAAUACGUUUGGUGCUGGCGGGGCUGCGACGGCGUCAUCAGAGCAAGACAUCAUAUUGAACGACCCGAUUGACCUGCAAUCCUCGAUUGGAGAUCGCGAGGCUGUCCGCUCAGACGUACAGCAAAUUGUGAGCGGAUUCGAUGCCGACUCGGUGCAUCUAGACAGCGCGAUGCUCCAAGCCCCGGGACAAACAUACCACCCAGGUAAGGAUAUGGGUACGCAAUCACCGGAUGGGCAUAUACAGCUCGAAUUUCUCGAGAUUGGCAGCCAGAUGGAGACAUAUCCAAAUCGCUGGCAAUGCGAGUAUAGGGGUUCGAUAGAUACUGCGUCGGAGACUUCCUCGGAAACCUGUCACUGGACAGGACCGUUUCGCGAGCUGUCUAACCAUUUUCGAACAAAACAUCAUCCCUUUCACGAUGUCAAUCCACGCUUCUGGCUCGUGUGCACGCGUUGCCGUGCUAGAGCUCGAGCUCCUAAUGACUUGGAGUCCCCUUUAUCCCCAUUCCGAUGUACCAAGGAAAGCUGCUUAGGUUCUUCUUGCCAGAGAUGGUAUUACGGUUCCACGAGAGAUGAAUCAGUCGCAGGGUCGGCGGUAGCCCUGACCCAAUAUAGCGAGUCUGAAGCUGGUUAUUCUUGGACCUUUCAACCGGAAGGAAACCAGCCAUGGCUUGGUGGGGGGGCCUCGAACAACGGAUACGGAUCGCGUCUCGGUGCCGGGAACCCGCACGAACACCCGUAUUACCAUAAUGCUAAGUGGGAAAUCAGUAGUAAUUCCUCCAUUCCCCUCACUGACUACGGCGAUUCCCCGCGAAAACCCAUCCGCCCUGCUCGGAAAUACUACACGAGCUGCAAAUCACCCCGCCAGUGCCCCAUACGCUUACUGUCCUUUGCCAAGUUACCUAUUAGCCAUCUCCUCUCAACCAUCGUACCCUUAUUGACCACUAUUAUUCGAGAAAGUAGUCAUUUUACCGAGUCAGAUCCAGAUCCAUUACAAUCUCGCGCAAUUAACACGAACGCAUUUAGUUGGUGGUCUCUAAUAUUAGUCUUGAUUGGGUUCGUAACGACAUGGUCAUUAAAGGACCGGGCUCGGUCUCGGGGUUUCAACGAGCCCAUCCGUCGAGAUCAUCGCCGCCAGCAUCGUAGUGGUCAGUUUCCUAGCGACGAAGGUUUUAUACGUCAUCGUUUCAAUACCUUGAUGACAGCAUAACCAGUCGUUACUACUACAAGUUGUGGAGGAUGAUUUGCAUUAUAUCAUUACAGGAAAUUAUUUCCUUAUAGUUCACUGUUACUUCUUACGGAGUAUGGGCGAACAAUACUAUUUUGCAUGUUUGGCAUUGAUACCCUUUUCAUUUCUUAGGUGUCGGUAUGGAUACACUCACGGCUUAUGAGUAUCUGGUGUUAAAUGGGCCUGCAUGGAUACAUAUGAUCUAUAUACACAAGCAGACAAGCUAGGUUACAAUAAUACACUAACAGAAUACACUGACAGUUUUCGGUAGGGGUGCGCAUACCAGGUCUUGUAAGGCAGUAAACUAUUACUUACUUUUUCAGUCACUCACGUACCUCGAUUUCGUACAUGGAUCCAUAUACGCCUUCGAGCAUAGAUAUAUAGGUAGGUAGUAUUGGUUGUUUAUUAUGCGUAUCGGAGUCUCGCUUCGAUCGAAUCGAGUCAUACUAUAGUUACGUACCUACCUA